AUGUCACCCGUGCAGGCUACACAAGGCCAAAGGCAAGAUAGCAUGGUGCAGUUGGCUUCAAACUCUCCAACGAUCAAAAAAGGCAGAAGUCGCGGAGACGCAGUCCAGGCCACUCGCCAAAGCGACGAUUUCCACUCUCCAGACGCCCAGUCAGGACUCCGAAAGAGGAAGAGAAUCCGCCUGGCUUGCAGGUCCUGUCGGACCCGCAAACAGCGCUGCGAUGGUCUGCAGCCGAAAUGCAGCCAUUGCAAGCUGCAGAAGCUGGAUUGUUGCUAUGAGUCCGCCAGCCAAAAAGCCGAAGUGUCUCAGUUGUACGUUCACAAUCUCCUGAUGCGAAUCGAGAAUCUGGAAGGAGAGGUAGAAGCUGAGAGGUCACGCAACCGGUUUGCAGCGAGCGGCCCUCACCGCGAUGAGUCUAGCGACUUUGCUCAGCAGCCACCCAUCUCAGAACAAGGAUCCAAUAAAAAUCGAACAGACGAUGAAAACGUCGGACUGCCAGGCGCAUAUCCUACCCCAGAGAGCUUGGAAUUGCCGGUGAAGUGCUGUCUCGGUCCUACUUCCAACAUUUCAUUCUUAGAAACACUUCUCACACCGAAUCAGGAGCAGCAACAGCAACCUGGCCGAGGUCGCGCUAGAGGAUUGGCCUCUACAGCCAAAGGUGUGGACAUGGCGUCCCAGCCGCCAUCUUCACAAACCUUCGCUAAUCUUAGCAGUCUUGCGGAUUCCUGGCCUCAGCGACACCUAGGAGACUACCUGGUUGAAUGUUACAUGAACUUAUGCUAUCCGCAAUAUCCCUUCCUGCAUGGGCCAACUAUUCAAGAACGUUACGAAUCCAUAUGGACUGCAAAGGAGCGUCAGAGUAACCUAUGGACGGGAACCAUCAACAUUGUGUUCGCCCUUGGGUGCCAGUUCUCUCCAGAUAUCUCACCCCAUUUAGGCCAAGAGUUCUUCAAAAAGGCAACGUCGCUGAUUGACUUUGACCUGCGUCGUUCUGGAACGCUUGAGACGCUCCAAGCCUUGAUUCUCAUGAGCCUUUAUCUGCAGAGUUCAGUCAAUCUGGAACACUCAUGGAAUAUCAUCGGCGUGGCGGUGCGGCAAGCGCAAAGCCUUGGCCUACAUUUGAGCAACACUUAUAAGUCUUCAUGGACACCACUGGCACGGGAGACGCGAAAGCGAGCGUGGUGGGCGUGCUAUGUCCUCGACAGUACAUCGGGUAUCAUGCUAGGACGUCCACAAAUGAUUUCUGAUGACCAUCAUACAUGGGUUGAUCUUCCGGCGAUUUCCGAUGAGGAGCUGAGCAUGAAUGGAGCGAAAGCAGCGCCACCAAGUUCUCAUGCCAGUGCAGCGGAUUUAGAGCCUUCUGAAUCCUGGACCGAUGGCAAACCUUCAGAACUGACUUUCUUCAUCGCCACAAUCCGUCUCUGUGGAUUGAUGCGUGAAGUUACCAAAGUAUACGACUGUCCCUUUGACCACUCGCGGGUGCUGGGCAUCGACGAGAAACUAUGCGAGUGGAUUGCUCAAUUUUCUCCUAAUAGGUCCCCGAAGAUUGAAUCCAAUGCCAACAAGAAAUUUUGGCGUCAGAGGCAGGUCCUGGUAUCACGGUAA